AUGCCCAAGGAAAAGGUGGACUACAUCCGUCGUGGGAGGGAACUCCGCCGUUUCUUCCUCGAACAUGGUACUGAGGAUAACGACCUGGGCUUCACCCAAAUCGACCUUGCGUGGAUGGAAAAGUAUUUGCCUCCCCAAGAGAGCGAAGAGGGGGAAGAAAUGUUCCCAGAGAAGUGGGUGGGCGAGUCCGGGGGUGGUACGCAGUCGUUCACAUCCACAAGGGCCCAUUGGAGAAAAGCCAUGAUGAAGUUGGAUAAAGAACAAGGUGCCGGCGUUGAAGGCACCGUGGACGCGAUUGUCGAGGAGCACGUUCUGGAAGAUGUCGAACCUCGUGUAGAGGAUCAGUAA